GUCGUUCUGUGCUCGCUCGUACGAAUAACCUAUAAAUUGUCGGGAAAACCUGUUUUUUAGCGAAAAGUUGUUUUUUAGCGCGUGACGUGCGGACGUUUGUGAGUAAGCAACGCAGAAUUAAAGUCUGUUUUACAAAACUACAAACAAAUCAGACCUGUAUCAAUUUUAAUAAACAACAUAAAACUGCUCUUACGUUUGAUAUAUUUUUGUUUACACAAAUACAAAAAUGAAGUUUCUUUUUGCUGAUGGGCAAUCAGCUAAUUGGUAUUUUAAAUAUGUAGGCUUACCUUUAUCAGUAGGAAUGGCCAUUUAUACUUUAUUUUCUAAAUUAGCCGAUAAAAGAAGACGUGCAGCGUUAAGGGGAAAGGUGGUUGUUAUUACUGGUGCAAGCUCUGGUAUAGGAGAGGCAUUGGCACAUGCCUUUUAUGAUCAAGGAAGUAAAGUAGUAUUGGCAGCUCGACGCAAAACUGAGCUUGAAAGGGUUAAGGGCGACCUGCAGUCUAAGAAAUUGGCUGUUCCUACCCUAGAACCUGUAUGCAUUGAACUGGAUCUUGGCGAUCUUGAUCAUAUUGAGGACUUCAGUAAAAAGGUGUACAAUGCAUGUGGUACUGUUGAUAUUUUGAUAAACAAUGGAGGAAUAUCCUACCGUGGAAACAUAUUACAUUCAAAAAUGGAUGUGUACCAACAAAUUAUGAAUGUUAACUAUUUUGGAUCUGUAGCACUAACUAAAGCUGUGCUACCCAAAAUGGUGGAAAACAGGAGCGGACAUAUCGUCUUUAUAAGUUCAAUACAGGGACUUAUUGCUAUUCCUGACCGAGCAGCAUAUGCAGCAAGUAAACAUGCCAUCCAAGCAUUUGGAGACUCCCUGCGUGCCGAAAUGUACCAGCAUAACGUAAAUGUUACAAUGGUCAGCCCCGGCUACAUUAUAACUGCUGUGUCAUUGAAUGCUUUGACUUCCAGUGGGGAAAAACAUGGAGUUAUGGAUGCCGCCACUGCAAGUGGGCUUACUCCACAGUACACUGCUGAGAAGAUUUUGGAUUCAGUGGUGAAAAAAGAAAACGACCUUGUUGUUAGUCAAUUUGUACCUAAAUUUGCUGUUUUCAUUAGACAUUUUGCUCCCUCUAUUUAUCAUUAUUUGAUGGCAAAAAGGGCAGAGCCUACUAAAUUGACUGUAAAGUAGGCGUGGCUUACAAAUAUUUUACGAGAGGACUGAUUAAUAAUGACUAGAUUUAGAAGUUUCAUUCAAAGAAUAAGAUUGAUGAUGCAAUUUUAAUGUCCUUCAACAUUGAUCAAUAUUAUUCUGCAGAUACAAUUAUAUCAAAGACAUUUAUUAUUAUACAUUAUUUAUUAAUUAAAAAAACAAUACUUAUUCAAGAUGGAAAGUCGUGAUAACUCUUUCUGUCGUAAAUAAGUGUAAGAGAUAACUAACGGUAGCUAAGUGCCUAGACCAAGUUACAAACGUGACAGUUGUAAUUUUGUUAGAAGAAGGGUAACUGCGCUCUGGAAUCGAUUUCGAUAUUAACCGAAAGUUACUUGUCUGGGCCCCCUGAAAUUGUACGAUACCUAGGUGUACCUACUUUAUUUCUUUCGUCAAGAAAAUGAAAAUGGCAUACAACGUAUUAACAGCGCGCGCGCAAUAGGCUAGAGGACAAAUUUCAAUUAUUUGUCCGUCAGACAGAUAAUUAGAAAAUAUUAGACUCAUAUUUUUUAAGUUCUUUCAUAAUUCAAUAAUAACAGU